AUGGGUUAUUUGCACUCUUUAUUACAAAAUAAAUUAAAAGAAGAGCUAUUAAUCAAAGAAGAAUUCGAAGAAGAACAGGAUAAUUUAGACGAUGCUGAUACUAAUUUCUUUAAUUCAGAAAUACACCCUGCUGAAAAUCAAGCAGCGAAUGAAUGGGUAGAGCAUUUGAAUAGGAUGAAAAAAAUUUGUAGUGAAACGGGUGGAGCAUUUGAAUAG